GGCUGGGACAGAGGUUGACGAGGAGCGGGGAGGGAGGGCACAGCAAGACAGCGGGGCAUUGUGCUCGUACACCAGGCACUGGGAGACACACUCAAACACGCUCAUGCAUUCACACAAUAACACGGCGGUGCACACAGGCGCAUGCUUCUGCCCACUGCCACACACACUUGCGCUGGCAUCUCAGAGGGCAGCCCCAUCUCCACUCCAGUCCUGGGUGGCGAAGCUGAUUCGACCCCCUUUGCUGCAGCUCAGCUGACCUCUCGGACAGAGCCGUCCCUGCUCUCCAGCCUCACCGUGGACUAAGCUGAAUUCUCAGGGACUGUCAUCCACAACUCCAAGCAUUCAACAACUGAUGCACACGAGUAAAGGACCAAAAUCACCAGCCUGUAGAACAAGGGGAGCAGAGAGAGUCCACCGUACUUCAUUUGAGGAUUACCCAACCUUGUCUAACUCAAGCGGAACUCAUCAGCGUCAAAGUGUGAGGAUCCAGUGGCAGAGCACGACAUUCGCAGAACUGUAGACUGUCACAUUUCUAUUGUGGGACUAAAAGUGGACAGCAGACAGAGACCGACACAAAAACCACGACAAAUCCGUCUGAUUCAAACAAACACCUGUCACCAUGGCAACCACGGGCAUGCAGCUGCUGGGCCUGAUCAUGUCCCUUGUGGGCUGGGUGGGUGGGGCGAUAGUCUGCGCCAUGCCCCUGUGGAGGGUCACUGCCUUCAUCGGCAACAACAUAGUGACGGCUCAGAUCAUUUGGGAAGGCCUCUGGAUGACAUGCAUUGUGCAGAGCACAGGUCAGAUCCAGUGUAAGGUGUAUGACAGCUUGCUGGCUCUGCCCAGUGACAUGCAGGCCGCCCGGGGCCUCACUGUCUUCUCCGUGCUGCUCUGUGGCCUGGCUCUGUCUCUGGGGGUCCUGGGAGUCAAGUGCACCAAGUGCAUCGGCGUAAACAGCCUCAAGGCCCGUAUUUCUCGCAUCUCCGGGGCCCUUUUCGCCAUUGCAGGGUUCCUCUACCUUGUGCCCGUCUGCUGGACUGCUCACUCCAUCAUCAGGGAUUUCUACGACCCACAUGUGGCAGCUCCACACAAGCGCGAGCUCGGCCCUGCCCUUUACAUUGGCUGGGGGGCUUCAGCGUUGCUCCUUAUCGGAGGAUCUCUCCUCUAUGCCGGGUCAAGUCCCCCCGGCCUCUCAGGCUCUCCCACUUUCAGCAGUGGAGAAAGUAGUCCUCGCAGGGCACCCGCCUCACAAGUCAAAGGUUAUGUCUAAAAUCACCAAAUAUCUGAACGCCCUCAAGUCUCAGAGAUCCCCCCACACAUGAUGACAAACCUGUUUUUCUCUCUUUUGAUUUUGCUCCUUGUAAUGAUUUUAUAUUUAAUGUUAUUCCAGUUUGCUUUUUUCUUUGACAAGCCACAGGAGGCUGUUUAGGGAAAAUUGAACUCAUUCUAUUAUUUCAAAUAACCUUUUUUUCUCUGUCUGUCAGUGUAAAAAAAAACAAUAAAAUUUUUGUUUGUCCAA